AUGUCCGAAGGCGCUCUUUCGUCCCUCGUUCACUCACACGCCUUCUUUACGACCGACCCGUUGCUGCUAUGGCGCCAGUUCGGUACCUUCAACGCCACGACGGCGAUUGCACUGCCGUCGCACCCUGAAAUGUUCGCCCCGGAGUGGUACGAUGCGAACAAGAUCUGUUCGUGCGUGAUGCUGCUCGACCUCGAGCGAUUUCGCACGCUCCGACUCAUGGACUCGACGCAUUACCGCACGGCAGGCCUGCCUGCGCUUGCGCCUGCCACCUUCCGCGCGCUCUUCGGCGAACCCGACGCCGCAACAGGCCACUUCGCAGACGCCGCGCUCGGCGACCAGACUUUCUGGUGGGCUAUCAUCCAAGGUCGUCCAGAACUAUUCAAGCACCUGCACUACGACUGGGAGGUCUCGAGUUGCCUGGUCGAAAUGUAUGGCACCGGCCCCAUCG